UCGGCCAUGUUGGGUGUAUGUUACAGCAGGAAUGUGUAUAUCAACAAAGGGAUCGAACAUAAUAUGUGACUUGUGAUCAAUAAAUCCUGGCUGAUUAAUAGACGGUAUGUUAUUGUAAGUCAGCUAUCAUCAAACAUAACAGGUAUGUGAUGUGGAACCAUAUAUUCCUCAGCUAAAUAUGAUUUCAAAGGUUUGAAAUCUGAUCAGCAUUUUAUCCAGGUGUAUUUGUCAAGAGAGGUGACAAGAACAGAAAUACAUGAAGCAAGGCUAUGAAGAAAUCUAUUAAUAACAGAACCAAGUCUAAUUUUGAAAAAUCAAGUAUUUUGUCAGAUUCCUGUAUGUUCUCAAAGGAGAUGGUAAACAUAAACCCCAAACCAUUAUCGUCUUUUGAAUGUGAGAGAUCUUUUGUCACAAAUGCAGAGCUAGUCUGUCAUCAGAGCACUCACACAGGAGAGAAACUGUUCUCAUGUUCUGAAUGUGGAAAAGGUUUUGGGCAACAUUCAAAUUUUCUUAGACAUCAGAGAACUCACACAGGAGAGAAACCGUUCUUAUGUUCUGAAUGUGCUAAAUGUUUUGAAACAAAGACAGAGCUUGUCCGUCAUCAGAGAACUCACACAGGAGAGAAACCGUUCUCAUGUUCUGAAUGUGGAAAAUGUUUUCGGCAACAUUCACAUCUUGUCUGUCAUCAGAGAACUCACACAGGAGAGAAACCAUUCUCGUGUUCUGAAUGUAAAAAAUGUUUUAGUACAAAUGCAGAGCUCGUCUGUCAUCAGAGAACUCACACAGGAGAGAAACCGUUCUCAUGUUCUGAAUGUGGAAAAUGUUUUGGGCGACAAUCACAUCUUGUCCGUCAUCAGAGAACACACACAGGAGAGAAACCGUUCUCAUGUUCUGAAUGUGGAAAAUGUUUUGUCACAAAUGCAGAGCUCGUCUGUCAUCAGAGAACUCACACAGGAGAGAAACCGUUCUCCUGUUCUGAAUGUGGAAAAUGUUUUGGGCGACAAUCAAAUCUUGUCAGUCAUCAGAGAACACACACAGGAGAGAAACCGUUCUCAUGUUCUCAAUGUGGAAAAUGUUUUGGUACAAAUGCAGAGCUUGUCCGUCAUCAGAGAACUCACACAGGAGAGAAAGCGAUCUCAUGUUCUGAAUGUGGAAAAUGUUUUAGUACAAAGGCAGAGCUUGUCCGUCAUCAGAGAACUCACACAGGAGAGAAACCGUUCACAUGUUCUGAAUGUGGAAAAUGUUUUGCCACAAAUGCAGAUGUCGUCUGUCAUCAGAGAACUCACACAGGAGAGAAACCAUUCUCGUGUUCUGAAUGUGGAAAAUGUUUUGUCAAUAAAGCAGAUCUUGUCCGUCAUCAGAGAACUCACACAGGAGAGAAACCAUUCUCGUGUUCUGAAUGUGGAAAAUGUUUUGUCAAUAAAGCAGAUCUUGUCCGUCAUCAGAGAACUCACACAGGAGAGAAACCAUUCUCAUGUUCCGUAUGUGGAAAUUGUUUUGGGCAACAUUCAAAUCUUGUCCGUCAUCUGAGAACUCACACAGGAGAGAAGCCUUUCUUAUGUAGUAAAUGUGGGAAAUGUUUUGCCAGUAAAUCAGAGCUUGUCAGUCAUCAAAGAACUCACACAGGUGAGGUGAUUUUAUAAUGCAUCUAUGGAUUAACAUAAGAAUAAAAUAUCUUGCAUUGU